CUCUCCACGCCGACCACUCCCCAUCCCCAUCUCCCGCCGCCGCCGCCGCAGCCGAGCGGAGCGGACGGGCCGAUCCGUAGCUCCUCGUAGGGAGGGUUCCGCGCGCCGGCGCCCCCGCGAUUCCACCGGGGUCCGGGGGUCGAUCCGUUCCGCGCCGAGCCGACGUGGGGGGGCUGGUGGGGGUUGGCUGCUGCGGGGGGGCCGUGAGGUCGGGCCGCCGUCGUGCCCGGGGCUAGGGUUUUGGGUUCCGGGCCCCGUGGGCAGCAUUGGUUGGGGCGCCGCGCGUUUGCUAUGGGGAUGGUGCCCAACGGGCUCCUGCCCAAUGCGUCGGCAGGGGUCACGAGGCAGCUCGACGACGAGCGCUGGGCCGUCGCGGAGGUACGGGCGGCGGAGCUGAUCGCCCGCAUCCAGCCCAACGAGGAUUCCGAGAGGCGGAGGAGCGCCGUCUACCACUACGUUCGGCGCCUCAUCAUGAAUUGCCUCGCCUGCGAGGUUUUCACUUUUGGAUCAGUCCCUCUGAAGACUUACUUACCUGAUGGUGACAUUGAUGUCACUGCUUUUAGUGAAAGUGAAGAAUUAAAGGAUGCUUGGGCCAACUUGGUUCGAGAUGCAUUGGAGCAUGAAGAGAAAAGUGAAAAUGCUGAAUUUCGUGUAAAAGAAGUUCAGUAUAUACAGGCAGAGGUAAAAAUCAUUAAGUGUCUUGUUGACAACAUUGUUGUUGAUAUAUCAUUUAAUCAAGUUGGUGGAUUGUGUACACUUUGUUUCCUCGAAGAGGUUGAUGCCUUGAUCAGUCAGAACCAUUUAUUCAAGAGGAGUAUCAUUUUGAUAAAGGCAUGGUGUUUCUAUGAGAGUCGUAUUCUUGGAGCUCACCAUGGUCUUAUAUCUACCUAUGCAUUGGAGACCUUGGUUCUGUACAUUUUUCAUGUGUUCAACAAUUGUUUUACUGGACCGCUGGAGGUAUUAUACCGUUUCUUAGAAUUCUUCAGCAACUUUGACUGGGAGAAAUUUUGUUUGAGUUUGCGGGGUCCUGUUCCUAUAAGUUCACUUCCAGAUAUGACUGUGGAGCCUCCACGGAUGGAUGCUGCUGAAUUGUUGCUGAGCAAGUCCUUCCUUGAUAAAUGCAGUUACGCGUAUGCAGUUAUGCCUCGUAUCCAGGAAAGCCAGGUUCAACAACCAUUUGUUUCAAAACACUUCAAUGUUAUUGAUCCUUUACGGACAAACAAUAACCUCGGAAGGAGUGUAAGUAAAGGCAAUUUCUUUAGGAUACGCAGUGCCUUUUCCUUUGGGGCAAAAAGGUUGGCAAAGUUACUUGAAUGCCCAAAAGAAGAUAUAAUUUCUGAAGUAAAUCAGUUCUUCACAAAUACAUGGAGAAGACAUGGUACUGGCAAUCGUCCUGAUGCACCUACGCUAAGUCUGGUUCGUCAGCUUCCUCUGAAGGCUGCUCCUGCUGAAGCAUCAAACAGUCAAAGAAGUGGGAUGGCACUCAAGAAAAACACUGAGAAUCCUGAUCUUCAUGCUAACCAGGUUAAUCUCAGUGAAAGUGCUAAUAACUAUCCUGAAGCUACUUCUCAGCCACUUCAGAGAACUGUUCUACAAUCGAGAAAUUCACUGAGAACAGCUAAUCCCUCUGGUUCUCACACUCAUCACCAAAAAGUUCAUGUAACACAUGGCAAUAUCAACUUCUCUGUGCAGCUUGAAAGAAACAUAUCUGAUGGAUCAAUGCAAAAUGAAAGGGACAAGACAGUGCCAAAUUCUCUCUUUGUUAAUGAUAGAAAUGGACAAAACAAGUCUCGGUUUGCAAGAACCCACUCUAGUCCUGAACUAACAGACCCUUCUGUUGAAGGAUAUUCUCGUGGAAGACGGACUAGAGUGGUUGAAAUGGAAAAAUCUUUGAAAGUUGAUUACAAUAGCAGAAGAAACAACAUGGCUCCAGAAGUUUCUAGCAGCCACAUCACUAAGUCUUCACAGGAUGAGUCAAUCUCUUCGAUGAAUAGUUCAUCUCACCAUAGUGGGAAAGCAGCUUCUGACUCAAACAGUGUGUCAAGCAGUUACCAUGAAGAUAAUGGUUUUAUAAUGAGUGAAGAACUUCCUUCUGUAUCUGAGGCAUCAGAGAAACACCAAGAGGAACAAGUCCUAGUUAAUCUAAUGUCAUCAGCUAAAUUGCAUGAACUCAAUGGACAAAUUCAAUUGCCAAUGGAAAUGUCAUCUCAUUUUUCAGCGACACCCUCCCCUUUACUUGCACCAACAGCUUUUUCCCAAAAACACUUUCCUGGGAUUCCACCAACUAGCUUAAUUGGCGCUCCAUGGCCCAAUAUGCAUUUGCUCCAUGGAUUUGUUCCACCACCCAUGUCCCAUUAUGUCCAAAAUCAUACUUUCCCACCAAACAUUGAAGAAGGUAAUGAGAGCGAGAAGCUUAUUACACCAGAUGCAAAUCGUGAUGAUGGCAACAAUUGGCAUGAGUAUGGUGUUGGAUUGCCUAGAUAUUUCAAUCAACAAGGAAGAGAUCCACAGAUGCGCCAUUUUAACGGAAAAGACCAUUCCUCUUCACCUAACAUUGUAUCUGGUGUCCCCUUGGAAAGGCAGGGGGAGAUUGCUAUUGAGGAUAACGGAGCAUUAGAAGAGAACUAUACCAACAUGUUUCAAAACCAAACAAGUAGACAAGUCAGCAUAAAUACUCCAAUGGGUAGUGGAAAUGCAAGGAUUCCUUCGGAAUCCGGUUUGUCAGGAAACAAAGCUAUGCCAGAGAAUUCAUGGGAUGAAUUAGCUGGAAACACAAGACCAUUGAGAGACAAAUGGGGAAAAAAGCCUGCCUUUUCAACACCCGACACAAUUGCACAUAACAAAAAUAAUACUGGUUGGCAGACUGGAAAUUUUUCUGAGCAUAUUCCCCCAGAGGUUGAUGAUGGUGCCAGGAAUGGUGUUACAAUACCAAGCAUUAGACAUGAUACCUCUGACAUAAUAACAAGGUCUGGCCCAAUAGCAUCAAGAACUAGUCAAGUGCCAAAUGAUCUUGAACCAUCACAGAUUGGCAUGCCUAAUCCAGUGUUCACACCUUUUUUUAUUGGUUCCUCUCAGCAGAGACAAGCUGGUAGUGCUGGACUGACUUUUGUUCAAACAGGUCCAGCGGUUCCUUUUGUAAUGUUGCCAUAUGUUCCUGGAAAUAGUGAUGGAUCUGCUCCUCAGUUUGGGAGGAAUGAAGGAGUUGAUCAACUUCCUGUCAAUAUUGCUGUCCAAAAUUUUACUUCACUCAACAAUGUCCACCAUCCUGAUAUCAAUGCUACCUCAACAGCUUCAUCCAGUACUAUAGGCGAUCCAUCUGAUGACCAAAAGCCUGACAUUUUGAACGGAGAUUUUACUAGCCACUGGAAUAAUUUACAGUAUGGACGAUCAUGCCAAAAUCAACGUCCCAUUAAUCCUGUAUUAUACCCUUUUGCAGUGCCACCGAUGUAUUUACAGGGCCAUGUUCCAUGGGAUGGACCUGGUAGACCACCUUCAACAAAUGUUAAUUGGACACAGAUGGUACCCCCCAGCCAACGACUCAUUCCUGUGAUGCCGCUACAACCUCCUCCUGAAAGAAUUACUGGUGUUCCGCAGCACAAUGCAGAGGAUUUGCCCAAAUUCCGUGGUGGCACAGGAACUUACUUUCCAAAUCCUAAGUUUCCAUAUAGGGACCGGCACUCGAGCUCAAGAAACCACAGAGGAAGUUAUAACACUGACAAGGGUGACCAUAAUGAUAAAGAAGGAAAUUGGAUAAACUCAAAACAACGAAAUCCUGGCCGCAGCUAUGGACGUAACCACUCAGAGAGGUCUGGCAUGCGAUCGGAUAGACAAACAGCAGAUGAAAGCCAGUAUGAUAGGCAGCGGCGGUCCUACAGAAGUGAUUCAUACAGGCAUGAGGCAGGCACUCAAUCUUCUGGAUCUACAAACUAUAUACGCAAACCAGGGAACAUGAUGCAUGGAGAACCAUCACCAUCUGCUUCGAAUGGUAUUGGUGCCUUUUCUGGACCUUCAACUCCAUAUUUCAUGUACUACUCAUGUGAACCAGGCACAAAUCACGGCUCUUCAUCUGAACCACUUGAAUUUGGUUCACUUGGGCCAGUUCCUACAGCUGAUGGUGGCAACAUGCCACGACCCACUAGUCAAGCGAUGCCCAACGAGCUUUAUGGGCAAAGGCAUGUUGCAUUUAGGGGUGGCUCUUCUCAUUCAUCUCCUGAUCAACCAUCAUCACCUCAAACUCGCAGUCCGUUCUGAUCUCCUAAUCUGGUGGCUUGGUCGUGGGCUCGUGGCAAUGAAUCCAGUGCUUAUAAAUGGUUUGGAGAUGAAGUAUACCCAGAAUGCACUUGUGCUCUGGCAGCUGAUAUCGUAUACUUUUAGAUGCCUUACCAGAAUUUACUUCAGUCCAACGAUACAUCAGUCAUCAGAACAUUUUAGCCAUCACAAUUUAUCAUGGCACUACCUGAUUUCGUCCGCACCAACCUUCAGGUUUCUGAACAAGCAUAGAACUGGGAACCCUGAAUAUCUUGCUCGAGAAUUAACUGAGAGUGCUACCCUUCUAUGUAUAUUACCGUCAAAGAUAAUAGUAUUAACGCUGAAGGAGGUGGAUUGGCUUUUCAACCCUGAAGGACAAGCAUGGAGAAUUACUGGAUCAUAAUGUUGUUGGCUGAACCAAUGUAACGGAAUGAAUGAUACAUUCUCGUCUACAGGUAGACGCGGACUCGUUAUUUUACAUACAACAAACUUUUUCACAUUAGAUGACUAGGUUUUAGGCGAAUCCUCAACAGCAAACUGAACGGUUGUCUCUAGCCUUCUUUGACUGAGUAAAAAAAAAAAUGUUGGUACUCA